UUUCAGAGUCUAGUUUAUACAUCUAUGAAGAAGUUUCUUUAUAUAAUUAUGCUAAUAAAGUUUUAGAAUCUAGUUCAUGUAUCUAUGAGAAUGAUAGUUCUGAGCUAUUUGAAUCUGCUAAACGACCACAGAAAAAAGCCAAAAAA